AUGCUCGUCAGCUGGUUUCCCAAAGUGGUGGCAGGUAGCGCACCCGGAAGAGCUGGCCUUACACACCCCCUUUCGGUGGCCAAUAUAAGGCUCAGCGACGCGGAAUUAAACUUGGCCGAAGAAAAGGUGAAGUCGGCCAAGACCGAGAACCUGGCGUUACGAGGGCACUACACCACGUCCAAAGCUUUGGAGCCAAUAACCUACGCCUCUGCCCUAAAAAUUGCGGGCAGGGCUGGCCCUACCCCCAUCACUCAAGGUGGACCGGUGGUGGCUUUCUACCCGGUGGACGAGCAGGCCGACAAACUAAAGACGGCGGAGGACACAAAGGCCGAACUAAAAAAUAAGGUCAGGCCGGAGGUCAUAGAGAUACAAGUGGAAAGGAUGAGGAAAGUUGGCAAUGCCGGAGUUGUGGUCCAGACCACGAGCAUUGAGGCCGCGGAAAAGUUAAUGUGUGCGGCACCACCCACGUUACGGACCGCGGUUCCCAAAGCAAGGCCCCCCCAGGUUGCACUGAGGAACCUGGACGGAGACCCGGAGCCUAAUGAAAUCAUUGCGGCAAUAUAUGAGCAGAAUUUUAAAGGAACGUCGUGGUCACCAGAGAAACUGGCGAAAGAUUUGACGGACAUUGUCGUAAGAACGGCUCAUGAAUGCUUGGGUGUCAGGAAGCCAAGGAGGGAUGCUGGCUACGAACGGUGGAAUAGUAAGCUCGAGACGGCACGGAAGCGAACCCUUAAACUUAGGACUGUCUGGCAGAAGUCCAAAAGGAUAGGCGGAUCGAAAGAAAUUAUUGCAGGGGACUCGUAUCGUGCGGCGAGCCGCGAAUACCGCAAUCUGAUGGGCGUGGAGCAGAGCAACCACUUCAGACAGGCUUACAGGGUUGCCAGCGGCAGAAUACAUCCCCCUGCCAAUAUCAUUAACGCCACCAAAUACAUCGAGGGACACGUAGGAACUGUGGAGGAGGUGGCGACGGCGGCACUAUGUCCGGAUGAUAAUCCUUCACGGGACAGUGCCUACCACCGAGGGCAGGAGGUGGAGAUGCGGAGGUCAAGAAUUGAGGACAUGAUCGGUGCUCAUGGUCUCCUGGUGUGGAUUGAGGCAGGCCAACCGUCUACCUUCGCUGGCCCCAACGGUAGCUCAAACAUCGAUGUUACCAUAACCACCAGGAGUGGUAAAGUGCAGGAAUGGUGUGUUCACCCGGAGGCAUCAAGCAGUGACCAUCGCCUCAUAACCUUCCUGGUGGGAGAUUCGCGACCGGAGCAGGGCAACGAGGUGACUAGCAGUACUCUCAUUAGAUUUAGGGAGCGGGGGGUAUGCUGGGCCGGAUUCCGUGCGGGCAUCAGCUUAAGGAUGGGAUCGUUGAAUGUGCAUAGGCCACCUUCUCAGCUCGCGGAAGACUUUACGAACGCUAUUGUUAGAACGACGCAUGACUCACUGGGCGUUAGGAAAUCGAGGAAAGAUAGUGGCUACGAAUGGUGGAACGUGAAGCUUGAAAUGACGCGC